CCGCGGAGCACCAGCAGAAACUUACCAACCAACCAACCUCGUCGCGAGAGCUUUUUUCCAUAUUGAUUAGUUAUGUCGCUUUUGUUGUUUACUCGCCACAUUUUUUUGGCCAGUUAAUUGUAUUGUGGUAGUGCGCGCGAAACCCAACCGACCCGAGGCCGUACCAGACUCGCAACCCAAAACCGGUGGGCGCCCCAGCAGCAGCCUGCUCCUCCGCCGAUCCAGGAUCGAGUCCCAGGACCCAAGGAGUGAAAAAAAAAACAGAAAAAUAUAACGCAGCAGGCGAAGCGGGGAGUCGCGAGAGCGAGCGCACAAAUCCCCCGAUGUCCGCGGGUGUGGGUGGCGGAGGGAGCAUUACCACCGAGCACCACAGUCGCCUCUACUUCCUCAAUUCGCCGACGGCGCCGCUCACCGCCCGCUCCGAUCCGUUCUUCAUCAAGCCGGAGUACCUCAGCUAUGAGAGUCCCAUGCACCAUGCCCUCUACCCCGGCAACCGCGGCCUCAUAGAAUACAACAACUACAGUUCGGCGAGUUCGGCGGCCGCCGCCGCAGCCGUUGCCUCCGUUUCUGUAUCCGCCACCGCCUCAGCUUCCGCCGCCGCCGUUGCCGCCGCAGCAGCGGCCACCUCCUCCUCGUCGGCGCCGGGCGGCAAUACCGCCAGCUCCGCGUCCGGCAGUAGUUCGGGGGCCGGAGGCACUGCCCCCAAUACGGCGAGUGGUGCUUUGGAGAACGGCUUCUCCCAGCAGCAGCCGGGCUCUGGGAAUCCCCUCCAGCAGCACAGCCAGCAGGCGGAGCACCAGCAUCAGCAGCAGCUCCAGCAGCAGCAGCAACAGCAAACGCAUCCCCUGCAUCAUCAUCUCUCCACGGGAGUGGUUGUUGUGGGCAGCGGCGGAGGCGGAAGCAGUGGCAGUGGUGGAAACACUGGCACCCUACAGCUUGGGAAUCUUGGAGUACCGGGACUCGCCCAGCUGGGAGUACCCCACUUGGGCCACAAUCCCGCCACACAGUCGAACCACUCGCAGUCGUCGCGCGCCCAGAAGGCGGCCCGGCGAAGGAGCAACGAGUCGAUCGAGGCGCGGGAACGGAGGCUGGAGAGGAACGCGGCCAGGAUGCGGGACAAGCGGUCGAAGGAGUCGGAGACGGAGUACCGGCUCCGGCUGGCAAAGAACGCGGAGGCGAAUCGGGUGCGCCGCCAGAACGAAACGGAAGUACAAAGAACCCUAAGACUGAUGAAGAACGCAGCGCGGCAGCGGUUGCGGCGCGCCUCGGAGACGUCGGAUGAGCGGAAGAAGCGGCUGGCGAAGGCCGCCGAGAGGAUGCGGGUGGCGCGGGCCAGUGCGCCCAAGGUCAUCAAGCCGCCGCUGGCCGAUAGGCUAAAGGGAUACUGAACGGAAGGGAAUCAUAUUUUGGAGCUGGCUCCGGCCAGGAGUAAGCUGGCCAGGAUUACCACUUACACAGACACACCCAAAGCCCUU